AUGCUGCAUUCUUGUCUACGCGUUUGGCACCAAUGUCCACGUAGUUUCUCUCGCGCCUACCACUUGAAUCCCUUUAAAAUUCUAUUCCUCGGAAGAGAUGAGUUCUCUUGCGCCAUAUUUGCGCGUCUUCACGCUUCACCAGAUGUCUGGGACUCAAUAACCGUCGCUACUCACCCAGAUACACGCGUUGGGAGAUCACCACUUCGUACUCUUGCAGAGUCCGCCAACAUCCCAGUGACCUUCAUCCCCGAGGAAAAACCCGAUUUCAAGCAUUGGGAACCUCCUUCACCAUUCCUUGAUCGUCUGCCAAACCACCUUCUCAUAACUGCGUCGUUUGGCCGUAUCCUCACCCCCUCCCAACUUGACCGUUUCGCGCCAGACCACCGACUCAAUGUGCACGGGUCGGUUCUGCCCGCGUAUCGUGGCCCAGCCCCGAUACAACACGCUAUCCUUGACGGAGUUGCCGAGACUGGAGUGUCGGUCGUCCGAAUGCUGAAGCGGGGUGUGGACAAGGGACCAGUUUGGAGGACUGCAAGUCUGGUAUUGUUGUCUCUUCCCCCAAAUAUCGUAUCUGAUACCUCUAAGCCAGUUCUUCCCAGCGCUACUUUCAUCUCCCUUCGUGACGAGCUAGCAGAGGUCGGAGGAAAAUUAUUGGUUGAUGUUUUGCGGGAUAUGAAGCGAGGAACGGCCAUAUCAACCCCUCAACCGCCAGAGACAUCGACAAAACACGCCAGCGCUAUCACGACCGCUGAUGCUAUACGUGUAUUGACGACCUGGCUACAAAACGGCAUUCGUUUACAACUUCAUGAUCCGUUUCUACCACCGUCUCCUCUGCCCGCCCACUACUCCGUUCCCUCCUCGGUUCCAGGCUCUGUGUCAUUUGCCAAACCGCUGCGAGCACUGCUCGUUCGCUGUGCCGACAACUCGCUGGUCGCUAUACCACGUGUCAAGAAGGAGAAAAAGCCGACGGUUAUUGAGGCCAGGGAGUUUUGGAACGGCGCUCUCCCCAGUCCUUCUUGCAUGGUCGAUGGGGAAGUCCGCUUCAGAAUGGCAGACGAGACGCAUGGUAAGACCAGGACAUUCAAUUUUACCCCGCUCUAA